GUCGCAGGAGACGUGCCACAUACUCGCUUAUCGUUAGCCAGCGGUUAGCAUCUGGCUGCUCAGAAAUGCCAAAUUUUCGAGAAAAAGGGGGGCUUUCACCUUUUUGUUAGUUAUGAUGUUAAGCGAGGAAAACGGGAUGGAGCCGAGGAAUAAGCCAAAUCAGCCGACUGAUUAACGAUUUUAAGUGAACCCUCAAGUUGAAGACAAUCUGCACCAUGGGAAGGAUCAGCUUUUCGUGCCUUUUCCCAGCCUCGUGGCAUUUCAGCCUGUCGUCCCAGGUUCUUCAUCGGCUCCUGAUACCUUCACUCAGACAGCUGCUCUUCAUCGGCCUGGUGCUCUGCCUCAUAGGACUGCUCUACCUGCUGCUCGUCACUGGGAAGGGGCACGCCAGCUGGAUCAGAAAGGAAAAUCACUUCCACAGGCACUUGGCAAGGGUGACCGAUGUGGAUGCAACAGAUACAAGCAACCCCAACCUGAACUAUGGUCUGGUGGUGGACUGUGGCAGCAGUGGCUCUAGGGUAUUUGUGUACUGCUGGCCCCGGCACAAUGGUAAUCCUCAUGAACUGCUGGACAUCCGGCAAAUGCGAGAUCAACACCGCAAGCCAGUGGUCAUGAAGAUCAAACCGGGUAUCUCUGAAUUGGCUAAAACACCAGAGAAAGCCAGUAAUUAUAUAUAUCCACUGCUGAGCUUUGCCGCUCAACACAUUCCCAAAAAUAAGCACCAAGAAACACCCUUGUAUAUCCUAUGCACAGCUGGAAUGAGAAUCCUUCCUGAAAGUCAACAAGAAGCACUUCUUGAGGAUCUGCGCACGGACAUCCCGGUCCACUUCAACUUCCUCUUCUCUGAUUCCCAUGUGGAAGUGAUUUCUGGAAAACAAGAAGGUGUCUAUGCAUGGAUUGGAAUAAACUUCGUCCUUGGAAGGUUUGACCAUGUGCAUAAUGAUGGGGAAGCUGUAGUGGAGGUACAUGUCCCAGGCGGUGAUCAGCAGGAGGCGCUGGUGAGGAAAAGGACUGCCGGUGUCCUUGACAUGGGCGGGGUCUCUACACAGAUCGCAUACGAAGUGCCCAAAACUGUAAGCUUUGCUUCUCCACAGCAGGAGGAAGUUGCCAAGAACUUACUGGCAGAGUUCAACUUGGGGUGUGACGCACAUCGCACAGAGCAUGUUUAUCGUGUUUAUGUCUCCACCUUCCUGGGUUUUGGAGGAAAUGCAGCACGCCAAAGAUAUGAGGAAAGCCUUCUCAGAAAUACUGCCACUCGAAACAAGCUCUUAGAUCAGCAUAUUGGUGAGACAGCAGAGUCUCCCCUCCUGGACCCGUGUCUACCCACAGACCUGCAGGAUGAGAUUGGUCCAGCUACACAGAAGCUCUAUCUGCGAGGCACAGGAGACUUUGACCAGUGUCGCCAGAUUCUCCAGCCCUUCCUUAACCGCACCAAUGAGACCCAGACCUCCCUCAGUGGUGUCUACCAGCCAGCCAUUGACUACAGCAACAGUCAAUUCUACGGCUUUUCUGAGUUCUACUACUGCACCGAGGAUGUGCUGCGCAUGGGUGGAGAUUAUAACGCUACGAAAUAUGCCCAGGCUGCUAAGAGUUACUGUGCCACCCAGUGGAAAACUCUGAGGGAACGCUUUGACUCUGGCCUGUAUGCCUCACAUGCUGAUCUUCACAGACUGAAGUACCAGUGUUUUAAAUCAGCGUGGAUGUAUGAAGUAUUGCACUCAGGCUUCUCUUUCCCAACCAAUUAUAAAAACCUAAAGACUGCCCUAUUGGUCUAUGAUAAGGAGGUCCAGUGGACUCUUGGAGCUAUACUUUACAGAACACGGUUUCUUCCCUUGAGGGACAUCCAACAGGAAAGCCUGAAAGGAGCGCAUUCUCACUGGCGGCACAGCUUCUCCUUUGUCAACAACCACUACUUAUUCCUGGCUUGUUUCUUCAUUGUGUUGUUGUCUAUUAUGUUGUACUUACUGCGACUGCGCCGCAUCCACCGGCGCGCGGCACAACGCUCCACCCCCUCCUCUGUACCGUGGCUGGAAGAGGGCCUUGGCUCACCCACACUCCCUAUCAACCUCUAAAAUUUGUAGAGCGUAAAGUCUGGACAGCAUGUCUGACUUUCCAAAGCCAAUCUUCACUCCUCUUCUCUCUGAAGCUGUCUGCCUGUUCAGUGAGCUUAUGAAGGCUGCUCCCCUGAAAACAGGGCUGCUCCCUGCUAUGUGUUGAGAGAUAGAUGGUACCGAGAUCUGGACAAAUGUGCAGAAUCUUAUGGGAGUCUUCAGGCUUGCCUGAGCCAGUGUUUGUGUUUAAGUUAUUUUGUUAAAUAUUGAAAUGUUUUUUUUUGUUUUUUUUUUUUUCAUAUUCUUGCCUGUCAGAUACUCCUUUGUCAAUUUCAAAUGGCAGCUGCCUCCUGGUGUCUUCUAUUUUAUUUCUAAAAAAAACAAAACAAAACACACAACGGUACUUUUCUCUCUAGGUAAUCAUCCAUACCCGAAUAACUAUGUAAUCUAUACUUUGAAUUUCACAAAGUUUGACAGAUAUCUCACAGUGGCAGAAUACUUUGUAUGUAUUUAUGUGUGGGCGUUUGCCUUUCUUUAUGCCUUUUUAUAUGUGCAUGAUCACAUAUUUCUUUUUUUUGUUUUAUUUUUAUAGUUGUCUACAGAAACCUCAAAUGCAAUACUAAUUUCUUUCUAAUUAGUGGAAGGAGCACUUUGUAAUGCAGUUGAGAAUGAAACUGCACAGCACUUCCCAGCUGGAAUGGUCUUUGUGUGUGUGCGUGCGUGCGUGUGUCUUUUCCAAAUUGUUCAGCCUCCAGUGCAAUACAUGUCUUGUCACUGUUGGGAAGUUCUCCAAAACACAUCUACUCUUUUGUGUGGAGUGUCAGUCUCUCUCAAAGCCCUGCUGAAAUACUUGUGUUGAGUUAUCUGACUAUUACGUCGGAUACCAUUUCAUAUAUUUAUGUUGGGCUUCAUUUUCGGAAGCUGUCGUAUCACUGCUGUGAGGGGAUUGUAAAUGAGAGCACAUGCCCCAUUAUUUAUAUGAAAAUGGUCUAGUGAAAUGUUUGCACAGAUGAAUGCGAAAUAAAUGUCGUCACAUUGCAAUUCAGUAAUAAAGGUUUUAUGGUA